AACCACACACGCUAGGAUGAACCGGUCGUCCCGUUGGCGUGUCGAACAAACGCUCCGCUCUGAAGCGGGAUGAAACCACAGCUUGCGUUGCCCGUCACGUUGGUGGGCUCCCUUCAGACCACACAAAGUGGUUUUGAGCUUUGGAUUCACGCACCAUGUCUCUGCUAUGUGCAACAUCUCGAACGAUGCGCUUGUGCAAGGUCACGGCCGGAGCGCUCACAGCUCAGCGUGGCUGCUGAGUCAUGCUCCAAAACUGCCCCUGCAACGACCACUGCCGCGAGCAGCAUCUCGCGAAUGGGGUCCAAAAGCUGUGAUGUUUUCCUGUGGCAACGGCGGUCAAUGAGGCUGCAUUUCGUAGCUUGCUAUCUGGUUCCCUGAGUCUGCUAACAUGGUACGAUACUCUGUCCAGGACUCUUUUCUCACUGUGGCAGCGUGGAACCUCCACGGAUGCGCAACAGAUUUGCAGGACAAGGCCAGCCAUCGGACUUUGGAAUACAAAUUUAGAAGUGCCAUUAGCGCGUGUCUUUAAUGCUACUCUCGUUGAAUCAGGAGAAACAAACGUCUUGAAGUUUCAGGCUGGUUCUUUUGAAGGCCUUCACGACAAGAAAACCCUGGUGACUAACUGGAGAAGCACGCUCUCUGUGUUUUCCUGAUGCAGAACUGAAACGUGCUAUGGACGUAUGUGCGGAUAAUUCAACAGCAUGUCUGUUGCGCCAGAUCUAUAAUCAGAAUAAUACCUAUGACUGGAAUCCGCUCAACUUUGGCUUCACUGCUGCCAUUGGCGCACUCGCCCUCAUAGUUGCCAUCAUGACUGUUUUUCAAGGUGCACUUGCAGCCGGCCCAGGCAGGAUAAAGGCCUCGGAAAGAGCGAUAGGCGAGUGGUCACGGUACAGUCAGUCGAGGAUGGACAGGCAAGAGUUGCGCGUAAGAACAACGACGUUAGUUCCGUUCAUCCAGAUCUUCGACGAAUCUGGCGACCUUCCACGAACAAUAGAUGAAGAGAUUGGCAAGAGACUCAAAGGCAGCCAUGCAGUAGUAGCGAGGCUGCUAAAUGCUGAACAGGAAUCUAGAUUACGGAAAGAGAAGACAAGCAAUGCGUGGGUAACACUUUUUGGAAGCACGAAGAGUAAAGAAACAGAGCAGCGCCCAGUAGCACUCAAGCGUUACACGUUCAAUAAUUAUGCUGCUUCUUGGGCAAACAUGCUCGCACGUCUGCCUGACAGUAAGACCUACUUCACUACCCGAGCUUUGAAUUAUGGAGGAAAGAUCGAGUUUUUAAAAGUACUGCCUAAAGCAUUACUGUGCGAAACGGACUAUCUACCCAGUGAUGUCCCUGCAGCUGUCGCCUUUGGUACUAUCCGAAGCAUCAUAACGUUGGCAGCUUUUGUGGGCUGUGAUGAGAUCUCCGCGGACGGAGACUUGCUUGAGGCUCGUGGGAACAGCAUGCAGGUCUCUUUCCGAGAGCAUGCACUCUUGGGCAGGGUAGCAGUAUCUCAGGACUUCCCGAUGAUGGACACAUACCGAAUCGAAUUCGACCGCCAACUCUAUAAUACUCACGAGUCAAUAGGACUUCUAACAAGCCAUCAGCCAUUCUUGACACCAGGAUUCCCGGGGGUGCACUCUACUAUGAUCAUUCUAUACACGGAAUUUGCGCCCUGGUUGCGAGCAACAUCAUUCUCUUCGUGGAAUGCCGCAGCCGUAGCGAAGCAGAUCUGCUCAAACGCGAGGCCAUGGAAGCAUCUUGACCUGCGUUUAAUCAUUUGCACAAUUCAACAAGCGGUUUCGAAGCAUGGAGGAACACUCUACUGGCACCAUUCCGCACCACGGCCGGUCUUCUCGGCUGAUUUCCCUGAAAUCACCACCAUGUACUCGAGCGAUCGCGAGGCGGGUGCGAGUGGCAUGCCAAGAAUCAGUGGCAGCUGCUACGAAAAGACCACAUAUUGGGCGGACCGGAGCUUGUACAGCCGACUUAGUUACAAUGUGGACUAUUCCCGUGCGAUGUUAGAUGGUGUUACUCUCUAUAUCCCGAACACCCCGUAUGACACAGGGCGUAUACUCCAUCAAUUGGAAUAUCUGGUCGGGUUGAAGUUAUCGGAUAACCAGAGUGAACUUCAAGCUGCUGAAAACGUAAUUUUUGAUCUCGAUGAAGAGUCAACAUCGAAGGCAAUCGUGGAUACGAGCAGACCAUUCCUCGUCCUUCUGCCCCUUGCCCUGCGAUGUUGUCUAGAUUUUUUGGAGGAUAAGUUCAAAUUUGACAGUUUGCCAUUCCCCUCAAAGAGCCAUGUCAGAGGUGCUAUACGCCAUCAAUUGCAUGAGAUCGAUCAUUGGCUGUUGCGGCACAUUAGAGAAGAAGCAGUGCUGGAGUGCAAGACGCACCUUAAAAAUGCAAUGAAGAAUCCACCAGAUCUGUCGACGAACCCCUUGGACAAGAUAAUCUGUCCGAGUAUGGAGCAAGCUUGGAAAGUAGUGCAGGAAACCGAUCUAGUGUCUACUAUUUUGGCCUUCCGAGCUGUGCUCAUGGCCGCGUUCUUGUCAACGGCUGCCGAUGUGAGCGCUGUUACUGGGACUGCCCUAGGAAGGCGAGUCGUUCAAUUUCUAUAGAUUAGACAUAAAAUCCUAAAGUGAAAUCCUCC